CCUUGAGCUCCUUCCUACAACAGAAUUACGUUGACACAUUAGCGACUCUAGACUCAGCUGAACAGAAGAAGAAAAAGGCUCAAGCGGACAGCUGCGGACAGCUAUUAGUAAUGUCAUAUAUAUACACUCAACAGCAGCUAGAAGUAGAUCAGCCUUGAAUUUUAUGAAUUUUGACCGACUAUAUUUCUGGGAAAUCGAUACCUAACUUCGAUUAUGUCGGCCGCUAUACUCCCCCUACCCGGUGCGGAUCAGCCCGAUGAGAAUCGAGGACCCCAGAUUGCUGGGGCCGUGGUAUCGACGACUCUAGCUGCGCUGAUCGUCGUUUGCGCAAGGAUAUACGUCCGCUUGCGAAUGAUUCAUAGUAUUGGGACAGAUGACUAUGUUAUGCUUGCAGCUAUGUUGCUCUCACUCGUUGGAAUGGGAAUCGUUAUCGCCCAAGUUCACUACGGAGCAGGUCGCCACGCCGCAUAUCUCGACCCCGAAGUCAACAGGUUUGGCCUCAAGUUAAACUUUGCCUCGCAGCCAAUAUACCUAUGGGCCAUUCCAAUGGUGAAGAUGUCAGUGGGAAUCUUUUUGGUCCGCAUCAGCCCUUCCAUCUACUACAAGCGAAUUCUACAGGGCGUCAUGACGUUUCUCAUGGCGUACACGUUCGUUUGCUUUAUGACGUUGAUGUUACAAUGCAACAACCUCGCAGUGCUUUGGGACGCUCGUAUUCAGACGACGUGCUGGUCACAGUCGACUCUCCAAGGACUGAGCUAUGCCAAUUCAACCGUCAAUAUCGUAACAGAUAUAUUCUUUGCGCUCUUGCCCAUCCCGAUGCUUUGGAAUGUCAAGAUUAAUGCCCGUACUAAGGCUUCGCUUAUAUGUGUCCUUGGUCUCGGUGUCUUCGCAUGCGCCGCCGCUAUUGUUAAAGCUGCCUUCAUUUCAAACUAUGGGAAAACUGGCGAUUUCUUGUGGGACUCGGCUAACUUAACUAUAUGGAUCGCGGUCGAAACAAACACAGGAAUCAUCGCCGCGUGCCUACCAUGUAUAAAGCCGAUGUUCAAAUCCAUCUUCGACAGCACUCUUCGCUACGGAUCGUCUCGCAAGAAAGACGCAUACAAUCUCCACGAUUAUCCUCACGAUACAGGCACUAAGGGAUCUAAAUAUUUACACUCCCAGACAAGGACAGAGAUAGAUGCCAGACGCGUAGUCGUUCCGAAUAGCCUAGCAGACAAUAUAAGCGAGGAGAGCAUCUUGACGCAGAAGCCUGACGGAAUUACUAAGACGACCGUUAUAACAGUCGAUCGAAGCGUCGAAGAGAGCGGCGAAUCAUCAGGAUGGCAUAAGGACUAUCCGGAGCGGGUGGUUGAAGAUAGAUUAUAAUCGAGUUAGCCGAACAAUAUCAGGACAUAUUGGUAGGCAUAAUUAAUUCGAUAAGUUUGUUUUGGCCCCUUUGAAUCAACUUCUCUUUCAUCAGAGGGAUAUGACCAUCACUCAAUUACGAAAGACU